GUUCAACAACUAGCCAAAGUUAGCGUGCACUGUAGUUAAAUGGUCACAUGAUGCAGAGCCUGAACGCACACCGGCUGUUAGGUGCCAGGAGCCGCCUCUUCAGGAAACAAACUGAUUCCGGAGUGUUUUAAAUAAAGUAGGGAUUUUCGACUGAGGAUAGGUGUAAACAUGCUGAAGUUAAAGCAAAAGUUUGACCUGCACAGAGAUGUUGUUUCUGACAUUCUGAGGAAAGAAGCUUCGGUCUGCAGAGUGAAAGAAUACUCUGGAGCAGUGGACACCCGGAUCCUAAACAUUGAGAGGGAUGGAGGCAUCCUUUACUCCUGGAAGGGAGCAACAGGGACUACAAGGAUUGGGAAAUUUGACUCCAACACCAAACAGAACAAGCUCCUGUACACAUUUGACAAGCAGGUGUGUGUCAGCAGCUGCUCCCUGAACAAGGAGGAGACCCUGUUAGCUGUCAGCUUGGCACAAAACACCAGAGGAGAGGAGCGCCUCAAACCAAUAUCCAAGUGUCUAACCCUCCUGAUCGAGAUCCAUCCCAUCAACAACACUAAAGUCCUCAAGGCGGUAGACUGCAGGGUCAAAGUGCAGUUCCUGCACGCAGAAACUGACAGGAGAUCAGUGCUGGAGAGCCACCUGCUGCUGCUGACUGAGGACGGAUAUGUUGAUCUCUACCAUGUUAUGCUGACGAAACAGGAGGGUUACAGAGUGGUGAUGGCAAAUCCGGAGCGUUUGUUAAAAACAGCAGAGAGGAUCGUAGAGGACUUCUGCUGGCUCCAGUGGGACGGACACGCACAACGAGUCUACUAUCUCACGCAUAGUGUGACACACACUCAGGACAAGUUUCUCAUGCGAUGUGUGCAGUUUUACCCCAACCAUAACUGCGAAACUAUGUUGGAAUUCCCAUUAGAGUUUCCUGCUAAUCUUUUCCGCACAGUCAACUUUGUAAAUCUGGGUUUCGACCACUAUCACGAGAAGAGCCCAGAGCAGGAGCCCCUGAGGAUGAAAGUGUUCACAAACAUAAUAGGAAGCAUGUGUGUGUGCUACAGCCAACAUAUCAAAGCCAAACAGGAAGUGAUCUACACUGUGCUUUUAGUCCACAAAGACUGCAGCAAGACGUUCAGAGUGUCUCUGGGCAGCGAGCAGAAAGCCAGACAUCUCCAUCCGCUCUUCAUUCCUAUAGGUUACCACAUCCUGGUGUACCUGCAGGACCAUUUCCUCCACUGUAUCAACACCAGGCAGCAGGAGAGAGUCUGUCACUCCCUCUUUCUCUCAGGUCUUGAUGUGGACCUGGGUUUGCAGUCUCAGUCAGCUGACGUCACAGUGUUGCACUCAGAAGAAGAGUCCAGUGGCAGUGUGUUGGACCUGGGCAGCGGCAGGAUCCACGAGGCCGAGCUGAGCCCUGCCUUCCUGCUGAAGAUCCUGCGAGCUCCUUCCAGGUGUCCCAGCAGCAAGACUGACCCUCAGCGCAUGGCCGCCCUCCACUGCCUGCUGGUGUACCUGGGAAACGACCCAAACCUGGAGCUGAAGAUCACCGAGUGGCUCUUUGACAACGUGAAUGCCUUCGACUCCUUUGAUCAGAUCCAAGAGUUCAUUCUAGCAUCUCUAUACAGAAUAAGCUAUGAGAAGUCUCUCAGCCUGGAUAAUGUCCUGCCCUACUCCUCUGUGCUCGACAAGAAGGAGAUACCAGCGUGUCUGUUGGAGGUCCCUGGUGUGUUGUGUACCACUGAGCUGCAUAUUGAACCCGUGUUCAAAGGCAAGGCCAGAAGUCUCCAGGGUUUCUGGUCAGAGCUGCAGUGGAACACGGAGAGGACAAAAUAUCUGGAUGCUGAUCCCAAUUCCAGAUACAGAACCUCACACAUACAAGCCGACUGGGAUAAACUGAGGGCCGAGAGGAGACCUUCCAGCCACAUGAACCACAUCGAGGAGAACACCAAGAAAGUUCUAUCGAUGGUGGACACCUGGUGUCUUGAUAAGAAGCUGGUGCCACUGUUCCAGGAGGAGGACCAUCAACACAGGGCGCUCAUUGGCCUGACGGUUGACAAGCUUCGAGAGCAUCUCAACAGACACCUGCCUCGACUGGGGAAGAAGAAGAUUGACUCGCUGGUUGUCAACUACGUGGCCAAACUGCUGGAGCUCAUCAGACACAUGCUGGAGUCGGCCUGGCUGAAGUUCAAGCUUGGCCCUCGUGUUCUGUGCUUUAAACAGCAGGGCAGUCCCGGAGAGUGGUCCGUGUUUCACUUCAUGUUUCGGAUCCUGGAAGCAACAAGGGGUCUCUGCCUGCCCCUCCCACCUGGCUAUCACACUCUAUUAGCAGUGUUUGCUGUGCGCUGCCUCCCUCAGCCCACCUUCCUACAGUACGUUGAUCACGGCUUCUUGCAGCUCACUGAGACCUUCGUGUCUCGCCUCAUGACAGAUUUGGACAACAGUGAUGCCAACGAGCGACUGAAGUUCAGCAUACUUAAGAGACUUCCUGAGCCUAUGGAGCAGAGGAUCUACCAUAUGUGGGACCAUCCUGUCAGUUCAGCUUGGAUCUCCAGAGAUUAUGUCAGGACUCAGCUGGAAAAACUCAACAAAAGCAAGGGAUUUGCAUUCAGCGGCAGAGACAAGCCAGGCUUCAGACCUGAGUUCCUGCCUCUUACCUACCUGGCAAAAAUACUCUCUGAUAUAGAGGAACAAGCUCCGAACCCUUUCGAGGAGCAGGAGAACGUGGACGCCAGAUUCGUGGAGGAGACGGCUCUGAAACAGACACUAAUACUGCUGGGCUUUGAGGGAAAAUGAAACAGGAAGGGCGGAUGGAGGGAGAAACAGAUGAGGGGGAAAACGUGUCGGAGAGAAAAGUCAUCAUUGACUCGGCCUUGAGGAUAAGUAACCAACCGACGGAUGGAUGACGGGGGAGAUUGAGAGGCAGAGCGCUCGUAAACAAGCUCUCACUGUUAGAUGAUAGAUGGGCGGAGGAAAGAUGGAGGGAGACGCCCAGAAAAGAAAGAUGGAGGGGAGAAUACGAGGCAGAAGGGACAAAAUAAUCACCCUCAUUUUUUACAGUAAAAACGAAGGCAUGCAUGGAACAAUAUGGAAAGUAUACUGAAAAAACUUUAAUUCAAUGUAUUAUGUCAACAGAUUUCACAUAACUUUAUUAGGUUAAUUGAAAGCAAUACUAUUAAGUUGAACCUCAUAUUUUAAACGUAAUAUUAUUGCUUUCACCUAACUUAAUCUGUUGACACAAUACAUUUAAUUAAAGUCAACGUUUCAGUUUUGUAAGUGUACAAAGCAUUCAAACACAAACACGGGUAAAUCUUCCGGAAGUUGUUUGAUCCAAUUUGAUUUAACAGCUCAAUUCUUUAUAGAAAAUCAAUAACUCCAGCAGCUAUUAAUAUGAAUUGUUGCAGCAACAAUUCUCUCCUAUAACUUCUCAAUUUUUCUCUCAUGCAAUUUAUGAAUAUUGAUGUCAAACAGUGUUUAUAAAUCAAACACAGUGGCGUACUCCAUCUACUUGAUUACAUGCUGACACGAGCUCUGCACACACAGCGGUCGGUCAGCUGCUGUGCGUUCAGUCUGAUAUUAACUCUGAGUUAUUCACGGUGUUUACAGCUCAAUGGGAUGAGGUAUAACUCAGGGAGAGUACCUGGAACAUUUGAAUAACAACCCCCACAACCAGAUAUUAAGUUGUAUUAAAGUAUGAAGAAAAAUGUCUGUAAUAUUUGGGAAAUGCACAGUUUGUUCCUGUCUGACGAAUGGACGAAAAGGGCUGGGUGUCAUUUAAAAUAAUGGGAAUUACCUGAUGAUUUUUGAGAAAUAUGACAAUUUGUUUCUACUUAUUUCAGACACUAAUACUCUAUGUAUGAACUGUAGCUUAUGACGAAGCUAUAAAUACCAUCAGAUCAACAAGACAGACUGGGUUAAUGAUGAGUCCUUAGGAAUUGAAAUUGAAAGAAAAGACUGACUACAAACGUUUGGUUUGAAUUAUGACGCAGCUCUUACUGUAAGUGGAGGGGUGUGUGUGUGUGUGUGUGUGUGUGUGUGUGUGUGUGUGUGUGUGUGUGUGUGUGUGUGUGUGUGUGUGUGUGUGU